AUGAAUGGUAAGUCAAAACAUAAUAUAUUUCUAAUAAUUUUUUUAAAAUUUUUAUAGUCAUUUAAAUACUUAUUACAUUAAGUUAUUGUGUACUUAUAACAGAAGUUAAACAAGUCGACGUGGCAAAUUUAUACAGACGUAGAUUCACCCGACAAGUUUCAAUGCAUACAUUAAAUAGUUUUAACGAAUUACGCCUGAACGUCAAACUUUGUGACGCUUCGCUAAUACUUGACAACGGUGAUGAAUACCCAGUUCACCGAUCGGUAUUGAGUGGUUCGAGUGAUUAUUUUAGGUUGGUUUACAUGACAUAUAUUAUAAUUUAAGAUAUCCAAAAAACUAAAAAUGAUUAUAGAUUUAUAUUUUUUAAACUUUUUUCAAAAUGUAUUGAAUUAUAUAAUAUAAGAUACAAAUAUUUUUCAAAUCAGCUAAGUAAAAUGUAAAUGUAUAGUAUUCGUAAUCUUAUAACAUUAAGGAGACCUGGGCCAGCUAAAAAACAAAAAUAUAUCGUAUAGUGGUCCGAUUUAGGUGAUUAUUUUUUUUUUUUUGGAAAGAAUAAGAAGACGUUAUACAGACCACAUUGAUUUAUGUCAUUGAAAUAGGUCAAUUUGACCUACUAAACUUCUUUUAUUAACUUACCUAUUUAUACCAUUAUUUGAAAUUAAAUGGAAAAUCGGAAAAAUGGUAAGAAAAGUAGGAAAACAUUAUGUUGACAAUGAAUUAUCUUUAGUACCGAGAACUUAUUUUCGUCUGUAAAACGGCCGUACUUCUUCCCUCUCAAUGAGCAUCUAAAUUAGUGGAACAGUCUUAUCUUUAAGGUGGUCAUUCAAGUAUUAUAAAAUAUUUUUUAAAUUUUAUAAAAUUGAAGAAAAUUUAAAAACCGGGACAGUGUUAAAACGAAGGUAUAGGAAAUAGUUUUAAAAUGGGGGGACUAUACAAGACGUAAUUAUGGGUUUUCUCCAAAGAUCAGCCAUUUCUCCUCCAUGAAAUGCCUGCAGGGGAUGGUUCAAACCACCGUUUAUUUGUGUUAUUAUUAUUUUUACUUUUCAGUCAUUGCGCGAAACUUAACCAGAACAAAUAAUUUUGUUUUUAAAUACUUAUAUACUAUAUAAAGUAUGUUUUAUUAAAAUUGGUUUGUGAACAGAAAUGCAAUUUGAAAAAAUAUCUUGAUGGUAACGAUAAUUUACAGAUAAUUGAUAUUUUAAUAAAUUUAUAAUGAAUGAUUGGUACAGAUUAUUAUAUGCAUGUUAUACAAUUUUUUAUACCUAGUGAAGGGGUUAUUGAGUAAAGAUCUUAAUAACAUAAUUUUUAAAAUAAUUGAGUUAACAUACUUAGCUAAAACACUUUUAUCUACAAACAAAAACUAAAAAAUUUAAAUUUGUGUAAUCAUAUAAUAUAAUAACUUAUUAGUUGCCAAUUUUAGAUUCUGAGUUGAGCGAAGAUGCUUAUGGUUUUACAAAGAUAUUUAUGAUUACUUUUUUUUUCUGUGAACAUCUUACCUAAAAGAAAUCUUGUUCCAAUUUUUAAGUGUAGCACUUCUUUUAAAUGAAAAUGUGACUGUCGAGGGACUUUAAAAGAGGUCAUUUUCUCAGGAGUUUUCUCAUCAAAUGUGAAAAACGGGAAAAUGUAUGAAAUAUAUUAAAAUAAAGUAAAUAAGUAUAUAAACAAAUAAAUUAAUGAAUGCGUCGCCUGGAGUAUUAUGAUACGUGUAUUAUACGACCAGUUUUGAAUUAAAAAUUCAUGAUCAGGUAUAUCACAGUCCAAAUGUAAACGAUAUUAGUAAAAUAGGUGUUACGAUUUUUUUUUUUCUGUCGAUAACUUUUCUACUAUCAAUUUAAAUAUUUGUUUUUUGUAUCCAUAAAGUUAUGUUUAUAUUUUAUUCGGGAAAAGGAACGAAAUGCUUCCCAAUUGUAUUCCCCCUCCCUUAAGUUUUUCAGAUGAACAACACCUCUUUACUCUUUAUUCAAUAUUAAUUAUUUCGGUCAGUGUUUUUUAAAUUCAUUUAGUAAAUAGAUAUUUCUGUAUCGUGUUUUUAUUUUUUUUUAGAAUACUGUUUACCACUACGUUGCAUGACGGGGAAAAUACGCAAAUAUUCCUGAAAACCGUAGAAAGUUCUACAAUGGAAUCGAUUCUACAAUAUAUUUACUCGAGACAAAUAGAUUUACACUAUAAUAACGUCUUGGAAGUCAUGCGGACAGCUGAUUAUUUUUGUAUCGACGGUCUGGUACAACUUUGUCACGGGUAUCUCAUCGAAUGUAUAGGAACUGAUAAUUGUGUUACUAUUUUACAAUUUGCAGAGUACGUAUUUACAUAUUAUUGGAAUAUCACUACAACAGUACUAAACAGUACAUUUAUGUAAUUAUAUUAAAAAAGAUUGCAAUUAAAUAAUGGGUGACCAUAGCCAAAUAGGGUUUUUGGUAUUUUUGGAACAAAAAUUAAUUUUUUUUUUUCGAUUUAAAUUUCUUGGAGACACGGAUGAAAUUAUUAGUUAUCAUAGUUAAUUGGGUUAUCACAAGCAAGAAAAUGGAUUUUUAAUCUGAUUAAAUGCAGUGAUAGUGAUGGAGUUGGAAACGAAGAGUCCUGGGUAAACACGUUUUUAUUUUAGAUUGCUUAGGUAAUGAGUUAGUAAAAAGAUAAAAAGAUAUAGUAAUAAUAUUUUACAUUGUAGUAAAAUACAAUUUUGGAAAACAGUUUUCUAUUAAAAUGCAAUAGUAUACUUUGUAAUCAGUUUUUUUAAAUAUACCUAACUUAUUAUUACAAUUUCAUUUAUUUGAUUACUGUUUCUAUACAUUUUGUACGUCACCGUUUGUUGGCGCCGAUUGACAGCAUAAUAUUAUAAUCGCGCGUUCACAUUUUCCGUGCUAAUACCCGCUCACAUCACCGUUUCAUAAUUAGGUUAGCGUAUCUAAAAUAGUGGCUAAAAAUUAAAGAGAAGCUCCGAUACAUAUUUAGAUUAAGUAAAUAAUUGUUUUCGUGAAUUUUUAUUUUAUUCAAUUUUAUGCAAUAUUAUAUAGUUAUUUUUUGUUCUGUUCCCCGUAUACUCUCGUACCGUACGUUAGUCGUGCUCGCAUUCGAGCAUUUUUGUUUGUUCUUAAACUUUUGCUAAGUACUGUUUUACGCGUGAACAGUCUCACUACCUUAUAAUAGUAUUGUUUCGCAUCACAGGCGUGAAUCCCUAAAUUUUUUAUUUGAUAAUAAUACAUUGCAGGUGUGAAUCACCGUGUUUUUUUUUAUAUAUAAUAUAUUAUUGUAAUAAAUCGCAGGUUCGAAUCACCAUAUUAUUUUUGUACAUAACAUUAUCGUUCAUUGUGUGUGUGCGCUAACUCUGUCCAGCACGAAUCGCCACAUAAAUAUUAUCAGCCGAAAUCUUGUACCUAACUGUAUGUGUGUUGAAUUAUUGUAUUGGUGAAAUAGGUGCCAGCUGGCCAGUCUAUGCUCCACGAAUUUGUGUGUUUUUUUUUGUAUAAUUUAUUAUUUAGUGUAUUGUUAUUUCUCCAUAUUGCUGUGAUUUAUAUAUUAACUUUUGUACUAUUUGUAAAUUAACUCGUAAAUAUUAUACAGCAACACAUAGUUAUCGUUCAAAAUAUGUUUACCAUUUAUUUCAGUUCAGUUACCCAGUCAUUAGUUUUUAAGAUACACACACACACAUACACACACACACACAAACACACUGCCAUCACGUAGCUCGUCAGAUUUGUGCGGCGACCCUAACCACUCUAAGUUACAACCACACGUAUACACACUAACAUACAGAUUGGCCGACCGAGAAAGUACGCACUGCAACAAGUUAAGGUGCCUGGGAAAACAUAUUAUUAUUUAGUUCACUUAGAUCGUUCAUUUUGGAACCUCGACGUGAUAUUUAAUUUUUACCAGUUCGGUAGUGUCUUAUUUAGUUUUUAUUUUGUAUUGUCCUUGUUUAUAUAUUUGUCAGUAUGAAUUUUAGGGUGCAUUUUUAUACUAAAAAUAAUCAAUUUUAGUUACCAUUAAAGCAACCAGUUACCCUUAGUCGAAUUUGUUUCAAUUCGGUAUAUUUGACGGCGCGCCAUAAUAUUGUUAUCAUACGAGGUAAACUAUACAUUACGUUGUUUGUCGUUCGUCGCAGCUACGUCGUAUAGGCACCUUAUUUGGCAGCGCCCAUCGACUUUUUGAUUUUGUUUGUUUUUGUGAGCGGUUUUAUUUUUAUAUUUUUGAGUCUAUUUGCAUCCUAUUAUAAUUUGUAAAAAAGAAAUGUCAAAUAUGCCGCUUGAUGAAAGUAAUCUAAAGGUACUGAGUGAUUUAAAAAUAUGAAGACGUGUAGUAAAAGGUUCACUCCCCCGUGUUAAAACAUUUAUUUCGAAAUUUCAAACAGAGGACCGAUCCGUAUUGGAAUUAGAAUUUCGUCAAGAGCAAUUUCCGCAAAUUAGCAGAAAUUAUGAUCAUGUACAAGGUCAAAAAGAAUUGCUGUCGACGGAUUACGAUAAAGAGGAAGAGGAUCGAGAUAAUUUCGAAUUAGAGUUUUUUGCCGUUCGCUCCCAGAUUCAGCAUAUUAAAAAUGUAAGGAAAACAGGAUGGCGGUUCACGCGGAGGCUCGUACGGUUUACUAGCCAGCAAAGAUCCUGUUACCCUUCCGCGAGUUACUUUACCUACAUUUGACGAUAAUAUUGAAGAAUGGUAAUUUUUUUUUGACGUUUACAAUGCUAUGGUACCGGAUUAGUUACGUAGCUCAGAAGUUUCUUUACCUUCGUGUAUGCUCAAAGGGAGACGCACUAGAUUUAGUUAAAUCUAUUCCCAUCACUGAUAACUACUACGCAGCAGUGAUUUAACUGUUAAAAAAGAGAUAUGACAACAGACCUCUUGUUAUUCAGGCACACGUCAGAUUGACUCUGGACGAUCAAAAAAUGCAAAGGCUAUCUGCUAAGGAUUUGCAAAGCCUGAAUUCGGGAGUGUCUAGUCGUCUUGCAUAAUUAAAGGCAUUGGGUCAGCCAACUGACCAAUAGGACACGUGGUUGAUCACGAUUGACGUCAGCCAGUUAAACGCCACCACAGAGCAUGAAUAGUAACUUCGCAAAAAGAGUACUGAGCUGCCAACAUACCGCAGUCUAGAGAAAUUUUUGUCCAGUAGAUGUAUCGCAUUUGAAAGCUCAGAAGCUUGACAUUCGAGUUCAAAUGAGACGAUUCUCACUAAGCGUACGGAGCGAAGAAACUGGCUCAUGAUACGAGACGUAAAAAGGGAACUGUCGCAUCAGGUAUAACAGAUGAUUCGAAAUGACCCUGUUACAAAGGUGCACACAAAGUUUUCGCCUGCUACGCAUUCAAAGACCUAACUGUCAACGAACGAGUAGAUGCGGUUAGAACUAAUCAUCUUUGUUUUAAUUGUUUAUCACCUUUCCACAUGUCUAUUCAUGUCUAUUGUAACUCGACUAACUCAUGCAGUCAUUGUGGUAAUAAGCAUAAUACUCUACUUCAUUUCGAGGCUAACAAGAGCAAUCAGGGCACAGUGAAUACUAGUACAACCAAUCAAAUCGCAUUAAACAGUGAAACGAGUGAUACCGUGGUUGCAACUCCAGCUAUUUUUGGUUCUGGGCACGCUUUUUUAACUACAGAAAGUGUGAAUGUUAAGGACGCUAGAGAGAUGUGUGAUAAGUGUAAAGCCAUACUGGAUAGUAUGGUGGAUCAAUGGUUAAUUUUAUUUUAAAAGGUCUUUAAAAUGUAUUUCAACUCUCGGAAAAGAAGGUGAUGUUGCCGGUCACUGGAAUUGGAGAAAAGAAAACCCAGGCUAUGUCUAAAGUGACAGUCCAAGUUAUGAUUUACCGUCAAUAAUUAGUAAUUUACCAUGGUGUGCCCCCCAACCGGAGGUUAGGAAAUAGCAGAAAACAUGAUACCAUUACUCACUGACCCAUUAUUUGACCAAGCUGGGCCAGUAGACAUUUUGAUUGGAGGAGUAGAAUUUUUUGAGCUAUUGAAGAUUGGGAGAAUUUCAUUUGGUGUCAGUAAUAUUUCUCUUCAGGAUAGUAAACUGAGCUGGGUUAUCACUGGUGAGAUGGACGUACCUUGUUAAAUAAGUUUCGGAGUAGUGCUAGAAGAGGACUGGAGGAUCGGUUAGAAAGAUGAAUAAGAAGGAGGGGGGAGUAUGGAAGAUUUUCAAAACCAAACCAAAAUUGCCUUGAGGAGGAACAUGCAGUAAAGCAUUUUUGGUAGGACGAAGCUAGGCGUUUUGUUCUGCAGAUCAUAGAUCUUAUGAUCGGUGCAGACACUAUUGAAGAGUACUGUCAACAAUGUUAGAAACAGCUAUAUUUCCUACAUAGAAAUGGUGUAGUAACGUGUAGGUGAUUUUAGAAGAUAUUGGGACAGGAAACAGAUUUCUAAGUAUAGCACCUUUUCUGAAGGAAAAGUUCACUGGGGAGGCACUUUAAAGACGCCAUUUUUCGAUUUUCUUAGGAGGUUUCUAAUCAAAUUUGAAAAACCGAAAAAAACGAGAAAAUAUGAGAAAUAUAGGUAUUAGUUAAAAUAUAUUACGGCCUUCUUUUUUUCUGUGAACAACUUUUCAACCAGCAAUUUCGCUUUGAAUUCUAAUGACAUCAAUUUUUAUAAAACGAAAUUUUAGUGGGGAGGUACUUUAGAAAGUUCAUUUUUUGGUUUUCUCAGGCAUUUUUCCAGCAAAUGUGAAAAACCGGGAUAAACGUAUACAAAUUGAAAAGAACGGUACAAAAAUAAACAAAUGUUAUUAAAGAAUAGGGUUUAUAUAAAUUCAUAUAUAAAGCCUAUUUAUUUUACUAUUAAACGACAUAUAUAUAUAGUUGAUAAAGCAUCCCUAUUAACUGAACUCUGCGCAGAAUUGUUUUUUUCGUAAGCAAUGGUUUAUUUUAUCGUUGCUUAUAGGUAUACAUUAAGUUAUCUAUAUAAAAAUUGCUGCAUCCGUUCCCAUUAUCCUAUGACGUCUUUUUGAUAUCAAAAAGGUUUUUCAUAAUAAUCCGGAAAAAUCAAAAAAGACGAAAUAUAUGAUUUUUUUCAAAUUACAGUAUAAAAUUCCUGUAUUUAAAAUUUUUUUCGGCUUAUGUUUUCUACAAUAAAUAUUUAUCCAAUGGAUAAAUGGAUAACGUUUAUGUUGAAUUUUUAAUCUAAUUGGUGAUCAAUAACGGUGUUUUAUUUUCUUUGUAAUUUUUUAAUAAUUGAACAAAACUGAAAAAAACGUAAAAAUGAUGGGAAAUAUCACAAAAAUAAUGCUUUUAUUAUUUUUAAUUUGGUUUAUUCUGAGUGGAUCGAAGAAUCUUAUCAUUUUACAAUGGUGUUAAUUUUUUUUUAUCCGUGAACAAUUUUUCUUCGAGCAAUUUUGCUCCGAUUUACAAUAAUAGCACUUUUUCCGAAAAAAAUUCGACUGAGGAGGUACUUAAGGGAAGUCAUUUUUUUGAUUUUCCAUAAAGUUUUCUCAAUAUAUUGGAAAAACUAAAAAAAAUUGGAAAUCGUAUAUAUUACGGCCUUUUAAAACAUGUAUAACUGAACUUCGCUCCGAAUUGUUUUUCCUUAUCAAUGGCUUAUCGUUAUUUACAGGCAUAAAUUAAAUAACUUUAUAUAUCCCACUUUCCCCACUAUCUACGUACAACAGUGGGCGUACUCGUCUCCAUUUACAAAAGUAUCAGUUAAAAUUAUGAUAUUAUGCUUGAUUCAUCAAAACUAAAAAAGUUAUGGACAUGCGAUCGAUUAUUCAGUAUGACUGCAACGUGAAAAUUAGUCUUCUGUCAAGUAAAAAUUAUUUCUACUCUUUCAGUAUUGUGCUGACUGACAUGCGAACACGUGUUCAUUAACUAUCAUUCAUUUUAUUAUCAAUCAUUUACUAUAUGUAUAUGUUUUUUAAUAAACCGUCACUAGCAUAUAACGUAUUGUGUCUUAGAAUCCAUUUUUGACCCACCAUCCUAUAGUUUUCUUAUUUAAAAAUUACUUUAAUAUAUUUGACAUAAUAACGUAACACUAAUACCUACAUAUUAAAGAUGUGAAAUCAUAGGAUGAUUAUUCAUUACUCAUUAGGAAUGUUUAGGUUUUUCAUCGUGAGAACGAUUUGUUCAGUAAAAGGUUCAUUAAUAAAAAUGAAUAAAUCAUGAUGAUCAUUUUAACUGACAUAUGGGAACCCGCCUUUAAAUAUAUUUUCAAUUUUGUAUGCAAUUCGAUAUUUUUUAUUGUUGGCCAUGCCAUGUUUAUAUAUUUGUUUGUAUAAUAUUUAUCAUAUAUCAGAUAACAAAAAAAAUAAAACCAAUUGUAUUUAUAUAAUAUUAGCGACUUUUAUUUUGGACCAUUGAGCGACGCAGCAUACAAAUACAUUGUCAAGAAGUUUGAGGCCGUGGCGGAAGAAGGUAAUGAGCUCAUGAAACUCACACGGGCAGAAUUUAAACGUUUAAUUGAAGACAACCAACUAAACGUAAAUCGCGAAGAAUAUGUUUGGGACGUUUUAGUGAAAUGGGUUGACGAGGAUCCUAAAAAUCGGAAAAACGAAUUAGUAUAUCUGUUACCCUUUGUCCGAUUUGGACUUAUGGCUUUCCGUUACUUUGUAGAGAAGGUAAUAUUAUAAUAAUAUACAAUAUUAUAAAAUUAAUAAUAAAUAUUGUGGGUGUCCUGUGAUGCAACUAGAGGUGUGGUUUGAAGUUUAUUAUCCCCCCCUUCCAAAAAUUAAAAAUUUAUUUUUACGAAUCUUAUGAAAUAAUUUGUAUGAUUUGUAUAAUUUAUGUUUCCCAACCUUUUUGACUCAAUGCCCCUUUUGAAUUUUCAAAACUCACAUGGCCCUCCAAUAGAUUAAAAAAAAAUUAUAGUUUAGUUUUUAUAAUCAGCCAUUUAAUUAAAGUGAAAAAUAAAUAUUUUCUUCAAAUUUUGUGCUUGGGCAUUUUAUUAUAAUUUCGAAUAAGUAUAACUAACGUACACGCAUAGUAAAUUAAAAUUGUAUGUAAUAUAAUGCAAGUAUUCAAUUGUCGGAAAUAUCCGAAUGAAAAUGGGACCAAAUGAAGCUUAUCGGCAUUCUUGUUUAUUACUAUUUUGCUGUUAUUUUAGUGUGUAUAAAAUAUUAAAUUAUUUUCUAUUGUACGCAAGUAAACAUUUUAUUGCAAUUAUUUAUGAAUUUGAUUAUACUAUUUUAAUAAUAGCGAAUUAUUUGUAAUAAUGAAAGUCACAGUAGAAUUGCCCUCCUUAGGUAACCCCUUAAGUGAAAUGUGAAAACUCUCAAAAUUAAAAGAGCCCACAAGGGAUGGCCCUACCCAUCCUUUGUGGGUAUUGUUGUAUUGGCAUUAGCUUUGAUCAAAUAUUCAAAUAACAGUGUUUCUUAAAAACUAGAAAUAGGUACUAGAUUUUUGUUAUUGGUCUAUUUAUACAGAAUAUCUCAACAAAUGUGAAAUUUUUGCCCAGUAGUACUUUAAUUGAUAUUGAAAAGUAUUCACCCAUGUACCUUUAUUUUUACUGUUUUUUCUAGUUUACAAGACAUUUCUAACCUGUUUUCUAAGUUUUUUAACUCAGUCUAUUUCUUUUCUUCAUCCAAAAGUAAAGCUUAUCUUUCCCACCGGUGUUAUGAUCUGCCCAAUAAUUGCUUUUUCAGUAUUGCUGAUAUAGAGUCUGGUUUUAAUAAGUUUAAAAAAACCGUGAAUUCUACAGGACCUGAUAUACAAGAUCCUUUCUUUUUAACUUUAAAUCUUUUCUUUGAUACUCUGGCAAAUCUUUAGACGUUCAUUAGAUGAAGGGGUAUAUCCGUCUAUCUGGAAGUUAAGCUCCAUCACCUCCAUUUUUAAAUCUGGAGAUAAAUUAUGUGUUAGGAAUUACAGGCCAAUUUCUAUCCUAGGCCAUAUUCCAAAGCUUUUUUAAAAGCUCGUACUCAAAAAGAACUGUGAAGAAAAUGGUCCUCAAAGCUUUUAAAAGUAAGUGCUAGGUUAACGUUAUAUUUACGGACUUUGAAAAAGCUUUCGAUAGAGUUGAUCACAGCAUUCUACUCCAUAUACUCAGUAAGACUGGGUUUGGUGAUCUACUAUUGACUUGGUUAGAAUCAUAUAUAUAUAUAUAUGGUAGAUAUCAAUCGAUGAAAAUUAAUGAAUGUAAAUCUGAUUUCUCUUUUAUUCCUUCAGGUGUUACUUAGGGGGCAACCUGUUACCUUUACUCUUUGCAUUGAUUAUCAAUGAUAUCAAGCAAAUAAUUCCUAAUUGCAAUAUUCUAACUUUUGUAGACGACCUAAAAAUUUUCUGGCGAAUCUGUCUCUUACUGCAGAACGAACUUAACACUCUAGCUAUUUGUUUUGAAGCUAUUGGUCUUAAUUUGAACGUGAACAAGUGCCAGUCUAUGUCCUUCUCUAGAUCUCGUAUUUUAAUUAGUCACAACUACUCGAUUAACAAUAUUAAUCUUGCAUCGAUCAAUUGUAAAAAAUAUCUGGGGGUUCUUAUAUACACUGACCUUAAUUUCCACUAUCAUAUCCAAUCAAUUAGUUAUCAGGUGUAUAAGACUCUAGGGUUCAUAAAAUGAAUAUCGUCUGAAUUUAAGCUUACCUCUUCACUGAAGGCUCUUUAAUGUUCCUUAGUAUGGCCCUUGCUUGAGUAUGGUUCUAUAUUGUAGGAUCCCAUUACAGCCUCCGACUCUGCAGUCAUCGAGCGAGUUCAAAAACGUUUUCUAUCCUAUACCGGCCUUGUGCUGAAUAUUUCCAUUCUUUUGUAUUAUUUGCAUGACUAUUCUUCAGUUCUCCACGUGCUUGGUCUAUCUACGCUAGUCAAUUAAUUUAAAGAUCCUCCGUAACCUCAUCGGUGGUUCUGUGGACACACUGUUGCUUCUUUCUCUCAUCAACUUUCGAGUUUCUCCACGUCCGACCAGCUCUUCCACCACUUUUGUAAUCCCUUUGUACACCAUCAAUUAUUGUUCAAUAAUCCUAUACAUCACAUGAUGCGCCUUGCUAACGACCACCCUUUGUUCUUACACCAAUAUCUGGUUAAUAAAUACCACUAAUACCUUAUUACCUGAUUCUGUCUUUCACUUUCGCUGAAUUGUCUGCGUGUUAUUAAGUCCUACUGUACUUUGAGUCAUGCCCGUAUUAAAUAAAUAAAUAUAAAUUUCUGGGAUACCUUGGAUACAAAGGAAAACCCGAAAAUUAUACUACUUUUAUAUUACUAAAUUCCAUUUGUAAUGAUUUAUAUUUAAAUACAUUAUACAAACUUAAUUGCCUUAUGCAUUCUAUACUUUUUCAACAAUAAUUAUCUGUAACAAUGGCAUACCCGUGAGCCGUCAUACAUUUUUGAAAUUCAAUUGUUUUUUAUUAAUUGGGAAAAGGGGAAAGUUUAUUGUAUUUUUGGUUUCAUUAUUUUUGAUUUUUUUUUUUUAGUAAUUGAAUUAAAAAUAGCCAUCGAAAAGGAAUUAAAAUUUCACAGAAAACUUAUAUUUUUUGGGAUGUGGUAAAAUUUUCAAAAUAUUCUGGUGAUUUUGAUUUAUUUAUAGGCAUUUGAUAUUUUUGAUUUUUAAACGUUUUUAUUUGAUUUAAUAUGAAUAAAAUUAUCUAAGAAUCAAUAACAAAAAUGCAUGCAAAUUUAAUACAGGGCUUAUUACACGUUUAAUUUAAUCUUAGUGGUUAGCGUAAUAAAGUAGUUUUUGUAUUAGCAUUAUAAGGUCACCAUAAUUUUAUUGAAAAUCUUAAAAACUGCGGAAUUGUUGCAUACAGAUAUAAAUUAUUCCAUCUUCUUUCUGAAAAAAAUAUAUUAAAUUCAACACUGUUUUUUUUUUUGCAACAUAACACUGUAGGUCAAGGACCACCGUUACAUAAAAAAUCGUGUGGACUGUAAGCCGUUCAUAGUCGAGACACUAAAAUUUUUUUACAAUCUGCAAGUGACCGCGAUCGCAAGGGACUCGUUGAUACCGACCCUGGCCCGGCCAAGGUAUCCGUUCGAAGUGUUAUUCGCCAUUGGGGGCUGGAGCGGCGGUAGUCCAACCGCGAUAAUCGAAACGUACGACUGGAAAUCUGACCGGUGGACAAGAAUAUUAAACGAGGACACAUAUGGACCGAGAGCGUACCACGGCACGAUCGUCGUAGACCACUGCAUUUAUAUUUUAGGUGGUUUCGAUGGAUUGGAGUAUUUCAACUCGUGCAGGAAAUUUGACACUCUGACAAAAACGUGGCUGGGGGUGGCACCAAUGAAUUGUAAGAGGUACUUAUAUUAUGGACAGCUAUUCAUAACGAAAAUAUAGAGUGGGUCUCAUUUUAAAGAAAAAAUAUACAAAAUACUAUAUCACAUCAGGUGUUAUAUAAGCGUUGCUUUGUUGGAUGGAGUUAUUUAUGCUAUGGGUGGAUUCGAUGGACACCAUCGCCUCAGCUCAGCAGAGAAAUACAGUGUUGAUCGAAACCAAUGGACAAUGAUACCAUCAAUGAUGUCCGAGAGAAGUGACGCGUGUGCUGCUGUCUUAAAUGGUAUGCAGGGUCGGACUGGGAAUCGGUCCUCUACUCAGUUCAUUGUUUAUUUAUGUAUUCUCUAUAAUUACAAAGAAACAAAAAUUAGUAGAGUUUCUCAUAAACAAAACAACCCUUAAGUUUAAAAUAAUCACAUGAGGUCACCAAUCUCAGAAGUAUAUUAAAAAUAGACCAGCCAAAUUUUAAAUUAAUAGUGAAGUGAGGAAUCUAUUGGUUUUACUAAAAUGUUAAUUUUUUUCUUCUUGUCUGUGGACACAUUUUUUUCUAGUAAACUUGAUUUGAAUUUUACGUGUAGCACCUUUUCUGAAAGCUCAAAUUGUAAUUUUUUGAUUUUCAAUGUUAUUUUUAAAAUAAAAGCACCACAUAAGUAGGAAAACUUACACUUUCACGAUUUUAUUAUUUUAUAAAAACGCGGAUUACGUUUUCUACCAGAAAAAAAAGAUUUAUUUGAAAAAUCACAAGAUACCUUUUUUGUUUAUUUUCUUACGGCAUCAUUGCCAAAACUUUUGAGCUUUUAAAGAAUUUUAAUUUUUGUGAGUUUUUUGCUGUAAUUCAGUUAUAAAUAUACGUAGAGACUUGAAACUUAGUUAUAAUACCUAUAUUGGACUUACCUAGAUGUGGUAAAGUUUCCAAAAUUAUCGGAAUUUUUUUUUUUUUUUUUUGCGUUCUUUCGCAUUUGGUGAGAAAACUCUUGAGAAAAUAGAAAAAUGACUUACAGUACCCACACCGAUUUCCUUUCAGAAAAGUGGCUACACCUAAAAAUCUGAAUAAGUCUUCUGGUAGAAAAGUUGUUCAUAGUUAUUUAUAAUACUAUUAGCUUCUUCACUCCACUAAAGAUUUACAAUAAUGAAUUAAUUAACGUUCCUAUUUCUUCCAAAAUAAUGGAUUUUAUUCCUUCAUUUCUUCCUCUAAAAAGGAAUUAGUUUUAGGAAUUUGUCCUUAACAGCACUGUAGUUUAGUACUUUGCAUACAAAUAUACAUAAAAUAUGUAAUCAAUAUUUUUAGAGUUAUAACAGUAACUGUACAAUAUGAUUAAUAUAAAUAAUAUAUGGGUUUUUAGUGACUGAUGCACUACAAUAAUAUUGCCGUAUUAUUUUGUAGAAUAUCAAUGUAUUAUAAAUUAUUAACAAUCGGCCCAUGAAUCAAUUAUUUUGAACGGCCCACCGAGUUUUGAUCGGUACUUCGCCGGCCUAGUGUGACCCUGACGAUAAGAGUGAAACCUCAAAUUUUCUAUAGUUUUUAUAGAUGGUCGGGGUCGAGGUUUAAAUUGCAAAUAGAUUAUAGGCGUUUUUUUUUUAUGUUAUUGAUUAUUUGACCGAAUUGAUCGCUAGUUAUGUAACUCCGCAGAUAAGAUAUACAUAACCGGUGGUUUCAAUGGGCAAGAGUGCUUGAAUACAGUCGAGAUUUACGAUGCGAUUACGAAUGUUUGGACGUUAAUACCACCUAUGCGAACGAAAAGAAGCGGCGUGUCGUGUAUAGCAUUCCGUGAUUGUUUGCACGUGAUGGGUGGCUUUAACGGACUUAGCCGGAUGAAAAGCGUUGAGUGUUUUAAUCCGACCACGAAACAAUGGUCGUCAUUGGCGGACAUGCAUAAUCCGAGAAGUAACUUUGCCAUCGUAAUUCUAGAUAACAUGAUAUUCGUGGCCGGAGGUUUUGACGGCAUAACCACUAUAUCCAAGGUGGAAUGCUACAACGAUUUCCUGAACGAAUGGUUAGCGUUUUGUAUUUUUGUUCUAUCGAACGAACACGAUACUUUUUAUAAAGGCAAAUUUUCGUUAUUCCACAUUGAUCGAUCACCACAUUAUUAAUAUAUAGAUCUACAAAUACGUUUAUUGCACUUAAUAUUAUCACGAUACUAGUUUUACUGUCAUGUUCGUAUCGUGUUUGCCUGCAGUGUCUACGUUCACUCGACUGGUCAUAUAAUAUAUAAUUAUUGUCUAAUAUGCUUUAUGAGCCUGUACCGUCCUGCAAAGGUUCGAGGUCAAAAGCAUGCAGGUAUUGAGGUCAGCCCUCACGGCAUGCGUCAUCAAAGAUCUGCCCAACGUCGCGUACUAUAUGCCUUUAGAUAGUGAUAGAUUGUCGGAGGAAGGCCGAGCGCAGGAAUAUGAGAGGAACGGCAACCAGGAUGUUGAGAGCGUCCCGCAAAACUCUACAGGUGAAAAUAAUACCACGAUUGCUGUUACAAUUCAAUACAAUAACGCCGGUAAUGCCACGUAUACGUUAGAUGAAGACGGCUUCAUAUUUGAUGGUGACGACAGAGACGAUAAUAAUGAUGGCCAAGAUGAAGAAGAUAACAACGGCGUGAACGAAGAAUUAGUAUUAUUUGUCUAUCGUCAUGAACAAUGA